AUGCAGGCAUCAAGAGCAACAGCCCGCCUCGCCCUCCAGGCGGGCCACCUGCCCCGACGGCAGUUCAGCACUUCUGGGAAGCUCGCAAAGGAGAUCCAAGAAGCAUACAUUCUGAGUGCUGCUCGAACUCCGACUGCAAAGUUCAACGGUGCUUUCGCCUCUCUGUCUGCCCCUCAACUCGGCUCUGUCGCCAUCAAGUCCGCCCUCGAAAAGUCCAACGUGCCCCUCGAGAAAAUCACAGAUGUCUACAUGGGACAAGUCCUCCAAGGAAAUGCCGGCCAAGCACCCGCCCGGCAAGCCGCUAUUCUGGCCGGUCUGGCCAACACAGUUGAAGCCACCACGAUCAACAAAGUCUGCGCGUCCGGCUUGAAAGCAGUCGUGUUGGCCGCCCAGAACAUCCAGCUGGGUCUCGCCGAAGCUCAAGUCGCUGGAGGAAUGGAGAGCAUGACGCAGGUUCCAUACUACUUGCCUCGUUCCAGCCAACUGCCUGCAUUCGGCAACUUGAAGCUUGAAGAUGGACUGGUCAAGGACGGUCUCUGGGACGUCUACAACCAAUUCCACAUGGGAGUCUGCGCCGAGAAGACCGCUUCCAAGCACAGCAUCUCCCGCGAGGAGCAAGACGAAUACGCCAUCCAAUCCUACCAACGCGCCCAGCAGGCAUGGAAGGAGAACAAGUUCGCCGAAGAAAUCGCCCCCGUCACCGUCAAGAGCAAGAAGAGUGAGACAGUCAUUUCCAAGGACGAAGGUUUUGAGUCUUUGAACAUCGACAAGCUCAGGGCCCUCAAGCCUGCCUUUGUUCGCGAUGGUACCGGCACCGUCACGGCUGGAAACGCUUCCACUCUCAACGACGGCGCCUCUGCGCUAGUUCUCGCCAGCCGCGAGAUUGCCCAGCAAUAUGGCGCUGGAAACCGCGCCCUCGCACGUAUUGUCGCAUCUGCGGACGCGGCGAUCGACCCAGUCGAUUUCCCAGUUGCCCCCGCCAAGGCUGUGCCAAUCGCCCUUGAGAGGGCCGGUAUCACCAAAGACCAGGUCGCCGUAUGGGAGUUCAACGAAGCUUUCGCCGCAGUCAUCAAGGCCAAUGAAAAGAUCCUCGGCCUCCAGAAUGCUCGUGUGAACGAACUCGGCGGCGCCAUCUCGCUCGGCCAUCCUCUCGGCAGCUCCGGCUCUCGUAUUUUGACCACCCUUCUUCAUCAGCUGCAGCCAGGCGAAUACGGUGUUGCAGCUAUUUGCAACGGUGGUGGCGCUGCAACGGCUAUUGUUGUCCAGAAACUCGACAAGGUCGAGUAA